ACUAAGGGGGCGUAAAGCUCCACGAGGUCCCGCAGCGCUCCUGAAUCUGAAGAGCUCCGACAGUCACAGAGGAGACCUGCUGGAUCUCAGAGACCAGGACCAAGAGCGGGAUGGAGGAGGACAACCAGGACCCGGAGCCCCGGAGCAACAACGUCCCCGGAGGACAAACAGCAGGCUCGAGCUCUGAUAGCACCGAUGUUCAGAAACGGAGAGGACGUCACUUCUGUCAGCUCUGUGACAAAUCCUUCACAAGAUCUGGAUCUUUAAAGAUUCAUCAGAGACUUCACACGGGAGAGAAACCGUACAGCUGUGACAAGUGUGGGAAAGCUUUCACUACAUCAGGGGACCUGAAAAAACACCAGCAUAUUCACACUGGGGAGAAACUGUACAACUGUGACCAGUGUGGGAAAGCUUUCACUACAUCAGGUGUACUUAAAGUCCACCAACGUGUUCACACUGGAGAGAAAGCAUACAGCUGUGACCAAUGUGGGAAAGCUUUCAGUACAUCAUCUAAACUAACAAUCCACCGACGUCUUCACACUGGAGAGAAACCAUAUAACUGUGACCAAUGUGAGAAAGCUUUCUGUACAUCAUCUAAACUAACAAUCCACCGACGCAUUCACACUGGAGAGAAACCAUACUGGUGUGACCAAUGUGGGAACACUUUCAGUAAAUCAGGUGACCUAAAAGUCCACCGACGUGUUCACACUGGAGAGAAACCAUACAGCUGCGACCAAUGUGAGAAAGCUUUCAUUACAUCAUCUCGACUAACAGUUCACCGACGUGUUCACACUGGAGAGAAACCGUACUGGUGUGAUCAAUGUGGGAAAGCUUUCAGUAAAUCAGGUGACCUGAAAAAACACCAACGUGUUCACACUGGAGAGAAACCGUACAACUGUGACCAGUGUGGGAAAGCUUUCUCUAGAUCAGAUGACCUAAAUGUCCACAGGCGUGUUCACACUGGAGAGAAACCAUAUUGGUGUGAGAAAUGUGGGAAAGCUUUUUCCAGAUUAGGUGACCUAAAAGUCCAUAGACAUGUUCACACUGGAGAGAAACCGUACAGCUGUGACCACUGUGGGAAAGCUUUCCUUACAUCACCUCAAUUAACUGUCCACCGACGUGUUCACACUGGAGAGAAACCGUAUAGCUGUUACCAGUGUGGGAAAGCUUUCCUUACACCAGGGGAACUGAAAAAACACCAACGUGUUCACACUGGAGAGAAACCACUCUGCUAGGUCUGAAGAAAUUCGAUAACAGUUUCUAUUGGUUUGACUGAACAGUCAUGGGUGUGGAUUGACCACGUGGCCACGCCCACAAUCCCCAUGCUGCCUUGCUGUCUGUCUGCUAGCUGCCUCAGAAAUUGACUUCUCAGCCAUGUUUGUUCCUUUUGACAUGCAAAUACAGGGGCAAAUAAUGUUAGUUGCUAUUUGGUUAAUAGUAAUAUCAGACCGUCCAAGAAGCCUG